UCUCUAACAGAAUGCAACAAGGGAGUAUUUUCCGACAGUGGAUGUAUUAUUUGUUCCCUGCAUUUCAUAUAUGGAGUGUCGCAGCAGCACAGAUCGUGUAUUCCGUCACGGAGGAAUCCAGCCCGGGUACCACUGUGGGAAAUUUGGCGAAGGAUUUACACCUCGAUGUGCAGGAACUGGAAAGCCGAGGUUUUCAGAUUUCAGGACCUAAUACGAGGUUUUUCGAAGUCAACGUUAAGACUGGUUUGCUUUUGGUGAGAGACAGAAUAGACAGAGAGGAGCUCUGCACACGAAAUGUGAAGUGCUCACUGGAAGUGGAAGCCAUUGUGAACUCUCCGCUGAAUCUAUACCGCUUUGAGGUUAAAAUUGUGGAUAUAAAUGACAAUACGCCCUCCUUUCGGAUACCGGAGAUAGUAUUGAACGUGUCUGAGUCAGCCUUUCCUGGUGAAAAAUUUGCUCUACCAAAGGCUUUCGAUGCAGAUGUCGGGACCUAUUCGGUUAAGAGCUACAAGCUGAGCCAGAAUGAACAUUUCACAUUGGAUGUGCAGAAUGGUGGAGAGGCGACUAUGUUUGCUGAAAUGGCCCUACAGAAAACCUUAGAUCGGGAAAAACAGCCAAUUAUCAAAUUAACACUGACAGCUGCAGACGGAGGAAAACCUCCCAAAUCAGGCACGCUACGUAUCACAGUUAAUGUCCAAGACGUGAAUGAUAACAUUCCAAUAUUUGACAAGCCCUUGUACAAAGCCACAGUGCUGGAAAACACGCCGCGCGGUGCGACCGUAAUAUCUGUGCAUGCUCGAGAUUUAGACGAGGGUCUUAAUGGAGAAAUACAGUAUUCUUUUAUCAACCAAGAUAAUGACAAUGAUGUAGAUAAGUUUGCCAUUAAUCCCAUAACAGGGGAGAUUACAGUAAACGGUGAACUGGACCACGAAAAAAACAGUGCAGUGGAAAUAAGGAUCCAAGCAAAAGACAAAGGUCCAAAUCCAAGAGCAUCUAAUUGUAAAGUAUUGGUUGAAAUCACAGAUGUUAAUGACAAUCCACCAGAAAUAUCAAUAACAUCUCUCGUCAACGUAGUGAGGGAGGACGCAGCCUUAGACACAAUGGUUGGACUCAUAACGGUGAGAGAUUACGACGCAGAUAACAAUGGCGUUGUUCAGGUUAGAAUAGUUGAUUCUGUGCCGUUCACAAUUAAGAACACAUAUAAGAAUCAUUAUUCUUUAGUCGUAGACGGCACUCUAGACAGAGAACGUGUUUCUCAAUAUAACGUAACAAUAACAGCGACUGACGAAGGGCUUCCUCCCCUGUCCAGUACGAGCGUUAUUACAGUGCACGUUUCUGAUGUUAAUGACAACGCACCUCAGUUUAAAGAACCUGUGAUACACAUCUUUGUCAAAGAAAAUAGUCCCGUAGGCGCUGUUAUUUAUACCAUGACUGCAGAUGAUCCUGAUGUAGACGAAAAUGCAAAAGUAACGUUUUCAGUAAUUAAAGACAGCAAUCAUAAAAACAGUGUAUUAGGAUCAGUUAUCAACGUCAACUCAGAGACUGGAGACAUUAUCAGUCUGCAGUCUUUUAACUAUGAGGAGUUAAAAACUUUCCAGUUCAAAGUUCAGGCCACGGACUCUGGUGUUCCUCCGCUCAGCAGCAACGUCACUGUCAACGUUUUUAUAACGGAUGAAAAUGAUAAUAAUCCAACAAUUCUUUCUCCCUAUUCUGAGCACGGCUCCGUUAAUAGUGAGAGCAUCCCCUAUUCUGCUGAAGCAGGAUACUUUGUGGCAAAGAUCAGGGCUGUAGACGCAGACUCUGGAUACAAUGCGCUGCUCUCUUAUCACCUGUCUGAACUCAAAGGAAACAACCUGUUCAGGAUCGGAACCAGCACCGGGGAAAUCAGG